GAACUUUUUUGCAAUUCCUCUUACGAUAGCGACAUCCAUCGACAAUCUAUACCACGACAACUGUCUCGAAUUCAUCGCAGACAGGCUGAUCGAUUUAGAUAAUCGCAAAAAUGGCCGACAAUAACGCCCCAGUUACGCUGCGAACGCGCAAAUUCAUUCGCAAUCCUCUCCUCGGCCGAAGACAAAUGGUCGUGUAAGUCAACAUUAUUUCUAUCGAAUCCGCCAUCCAUUUCGAACCAUCAUCAUAAUGAAAGAAUGUCAUUUUUAAUGCACGGGGGCGUAUUUGAGGGAUUUGGAUAUUCGAGAACUGGAAGGCUGAUAAUGGAUUUCUCCAUAUAGUGACAUCCUCCACCCAAACCGUGCCAACAUCUCCAAGGAUGAGCUCAGAGGCAAGCUCGCCGAACUUUACAAGGCAAGCCAAGACCAAGUUAACGUCUUCGGUCUCCGCACCCAAUUCGGUGGUGGAAAGACUACCGGAUUCGCACUCGUCUACGACUCACCAGAGGCAAUGAAGAAGUUCGAACCCCACUACAGAUUGGUCCGUGUUGGAUUUGCUACAAAGAUCGAGAAGGCCAGCAGACAACAACGUACGUUACAGUCCUUUUCCGGGUUUGCGGGAUUGUUUGGGUGGGCAUUGGCAAUAAUAUGAUACUGACAUGUGCUGGAAUUCAGGCAAACAACGCAAGAACAGACAAAAGACACUCAGAGGUACUGCGAAGGUCAAGGGUGCCAAGAAGAAGAAGGAGUAGAGCACUCACUUCAUCUUGGGGUGGGAAAUGGUUGGUGUUGUUGGACCUGGGGAUUGGCUAUGUGCUUUGUACGCAUCUGCAUUGAUCCUCCAUCGUAUCAUGCUUUGGUGUAAUUAGGGAACGAAAAAUAGAGGCAUGAUGGCAUGAAACCUCUAAUCGAUCUCUAUUAGGUCCUACACUACAUAUUUCAAUCAUGGUGUUUUGCUCGUUCAUUACGGAAUCUGGCUUAUGUGCAGCCUGGUGAUGGGUGAUAUUAAAUGGAAAUGUCUGUUUGCAACCUGGAGGUUAUCAUUUCCCAGAAAUCUGUGUUUACUUACAUGGCUCUCUUCCGCCGUCUCUGUCUAUAUGUCACCAUUGCAUCAUGGACACAAACCAUCAUUUACAAAAGAUGCCUCUGACCGUUUCUGCAAGCGCUUUU